AAAAUGUCUGAUGAUGAAUGUUUCGGUCCAGCACUUCCUCCAGGACUCACUAAUCCAAGACAAGAAGAAAUUAAACAGAAAUCUAACAGUGAGAGCAGACAUGGGAUAGGACCGCAGCUUCCCCCAAACAUCCAAUCAGAGUCUGCAGAUUCAUCGUCAGAUGAAGAGGCCUCCAGCAUUGGUCCCUCACUACCACCACACAUCAGGUCAUCUCACACCCAAUCACAAAGUUCAGAAAAGGCCACACCCCCAACAUCUGAAUCAAAGUCACCUGAAAGUUUGUCAACUAUUGGUCCAUCACUUCCUCCACAUUUAACAGCUAAAUUCAAGUGUUCUAAUGACAGUGAUUCAAGAACUGAUUCGAUUGGUCCAUGUUUACCUGGUGAUCAAAGUUCAAACAGUGCAACAAAAGAUGAUAAUGUGAUUGGUCCAUGCCUGCCCCCUCAUUUACAAAGAAACACCCAGUCUUCUUCAUCAAGAGAAGAAGAUGAAGAUGACAGUGAUCUCAAUGGACCUCUUCCUACUGAAAUGACAGCAGGGAAUUCACAGAGCAGUUUUUCUGCAGAGUUUGAAAGAAGGGCUCAGAAAAUGAGGGAUCAGCUGGAUGGAAAAAAUGAACCAGAAAGCCAACCCAAACGAGAGUCCUGGAUGACAGAGCUACCAGACUGCCUUGGACAAAAUAUUGGAUUGACUGCUCGAACAUUUCGUGCCAAUGCUGGGCCAGACAUGAGUGACCGGUCCAUGUGGACAGACAGUCCAGCGGACAGAGCCAGAAAGGAGAAGGAGGGGGAUAAAGGAAACAGAAAAAGAUCACACAAUGAGACAGCUUCUAGCAGCAGAGAUCAACAGAUCAAGUCAGAGGUGGACAAGUUCAAUGUAAGUAGUCUCAGAUAA